UGGAAUUGUAUUCCUAUGGUUCCAGGUGGUAACAACAGACUGUACAACGAUCAGAAGCAGCGACAUGGUUCAUGUUCAGCUUGUUACAAGCCUCGGGCUUUGAAUAAGCUUCAGUCUAAAAACAGGAAGUUUCACCUAAAGAACAAAUAUGGUAAUAGAUAUGUUCCUUAUGCUCCACGGAACACAAGCUCUUUUAUUAUCCGGGCGAAGAAAUCUGGUGGCAUUGCUGAUUCAGUGUCUCCAUCCCUUGUAACACCGUCGGUGUUGCCUUCCCCGAUGUUCUCUCCAUCGGGAGAGGUUUUGGGCAAUAUGGUAAAGGAGGAAUGGGGAGUUGAUGUGUAUGGAUCAAUGGAGGGGUUGGUUAAGCUGAGAUCUGAUGGUAUUCAUGAAUUAGAACCGUUUGAUGAAGAUGAAGGAGGCUCGUGUAAGAGUGAUGUGGAGAAGCAUGCAGAGGUUGAGACGAGACUAGACAAGGACUUGAGCCAAGUUGAGAUGGUAUGUCCGAAUGAUGGUGGUAGGUUUGAGUAUAACAAUGACUUGGAAAACCGAGUUAAUGAUCAGAUUAGGCAUACUGCUCAAUUAUCGAAUGGUGGUGGUAGGUUUGAGUAUAAUAAUGACUUCGAAAACAGAGUUGAUGAUCAGAAUAAGCAUAUUGCUCAACUAGAGGAAGAGAACUUAACUGUGAAGAGAGGUUGUUGUUGAUGGAGAGGGAGUUUGGUGAUUUUAAGAGAAGGUUAGAGUCUCUCGAAAGGCGGAAUAUGGUUGUUGGUGAAAAUGGUAAUGGGGAGGUUGUAGAGAAUGAGUCUGAAAGGGAUAGUCAAACUCAUAGCUCUAGUGCCUCUCCUAGUGGGGAGGCAAGGGAAAACUAUUUGCCUGCUGAAGAUGUUUGUAUGCAGGAUAUGGUGAGGGACGAGGCUACGGGGAAUGGAAUCAACAACACUGACAAGGGCAAGGUAGGUGAAGCAAAGAGUACAAACAGGCAAGAAAUUUAGGAUGAAGCUGAAAAGAAUUCUGCAGGACAGCAUCGUGAAGAGGCCAAUUCUGAUGUGGUUGGGAACUAUGGAAUGCGUAUAUGAUAUUUUCGCCAGGCAUUAUGAUUGAUGUUUUUCUCCUACGAUUUAGAUUCUCACUUUGAUCAAGUUUUUCUUACUUAUUUAUUUAUUUGGGUUUUUU